GGAUAACGGGUUUAAGAUGUCCACUCUGAAAUACCUCUUACGCCCUCCACACUCUAGAUUGUCAUAUCUGGUGUCAGCAAGAUUACUUAAUUAUCGAACAACCCAUCGUAUUCAUAGACAAAAUAAAUACUUGCGAAGACAAUUAAGGACGGAAGUUCUUCAGGAAACUACAAUAAAAAUGGCACUGAGUCCUGGGGAUCCAAAUUCCUUUUCCACACCAGAACUUGCAGCUGUUACUCAUACACACUUAGACUUAAGUGUUGACUUUCAAAGGAAGAUCCUUACUGGUUCUGUUGUACUGGACGUAGAAAAACGCAAUGCUACUGAUGAAUUAAUUCUAGACAACCGCGGUAUAAUCAUUCUAACAAUACUCAAUGCUAUCGAUGGAUCAAAUUUAAAUUAUAACAUCAGUGAAGAUGUACAAUAUGGAUCUAAGCUAAGCAUAAAGUUACCUGAGAAUGCAGUGUCCAGCAAUGAAGAUAUACUAAAGUACAAGAUUGAAAUUCGUUAUGAGACAUCUCCGGAAGCUAGUGCUCUACAAUGGUUAACACCAGAGCAGACAGCUGGUGGAAAACAUCCUUAUCUUUUUUCUCAAUGCCAGGCAAUUCAUGCUCGUUCUAUGCUUCCUUGUCAAGAUACCCCAUCUGUAAAGUCUACUUAUAGUGCUGCUAUAAAGGCUCCAGCUGAAUUAGUAGUAUUAAUGUCAGCCCAACGGAAGGGCAUAAAGGAUGAAGGAAAUACAAAGAUUCACACAUUCCAUCAGCCUGUGCCAAUACCCUCGUAUCUGAUUGCAAUAGCCGUAGGCGCUCUAGUAUCCAAGGAAGUUGGACCCAGAAGUAGAGUUUGGGCUGAGAAGGAAUUCAUCAACCAGAGUGCAUAUGAAUUUGGAGAAACAGAAAUGAUGCUUAAAACUGCAGAAGAUAUUUGUGGUCCAUACAUCUGGGGUAUCUACGAUCUGUUAGUACUUCCACCAAGCUUUCCCUUUGGAGGCAUGGAAAAUCCUUGUUUAACUUUUGUCACCCCAACUUUGCUUGCUGGAGACCGUUCCUUGGCUAGUGUGGUAGCUCAUGAGAUUUCGCAUAGUUGGACAGGAAACCUGGUUACUAAUGCAAACUUUGAACACUUUUGGCUCAAUGAAGGUUUCACUAUGUUCGUCGAAAGGAAGAUUGAUGGAAGAAUGUUUGGGGAUAAGGUCCGCCAGUUUUCAGCACUAAGUGGUAUCAAAGCACUCAGAGAAGGUAUUAAUACUAUUGGCGAAACGAAUCAGCUAACCAGCCUCGUCCCAAAUCUAACAGGAGUUGAUCCUGACGAUGCUUUUUCAAUUGUACCUUAUGAGAAGGGACAUACCUUUUUAUAUUACUUGGAAGAACUCUUAGGUGGACCUGCUGAAUUUGAACCUUUUCUAAAAGAGCACUUGGAAAAAUUCAAAUACAAAAGUAUCGUUACGUCCGACUGGAAAGCAUUUCUCUACAGUUACUUCAGUGACAAGAGAGAGAUUCUUAAUUCUGUGGAUUGGGAGACUUGGUUAAACAAACCAGGCAUGCCGCCAGUCAUACCAAAUUAUGAUACAUCUCUGGCAGACGCCUGUAUAGCGUUGGCAAAGAAAUGGAUAAAUUGGAAUGAGAAUACUUCAAGUAUAUUUUCAAAAUCGGACAUCGCAAAUCUCACAGCGAAUCAGAAACGAGAAUUCCUGGUUGAACUGUUUUCUGCAAACGAGACAUUGUCUGUGAAGAAACUUGAAGCGAUGCAGGCAGCUUAUGAUUUUGAUUCAGUGAAAAACUCUGAGAUACGGUUCAUGUGGCUUCGGAUCUGCAUUAAAGGACGUUGGGAAUCUAAAGUGUUGGAUGCACUAGCAUUCGCAACACAACAAGGUCGUAUGAAAUUCGUAAGACCUAUUUUCCGAGACCUGUAUGCUUGGGAAGCUACUCGUCAGAGAGCAAUUGAUGCUUACCUGGCUAACAAGAGUAAAAUGAUGUAUGUAAGCGCUCAUACAAUCGCCAAGGAUUUACAUCUAAUUGAAAAAACCAACUAGAAUUCCUUAUGCGAUUUCGGGUAAAAAAAAUCCGAAUAGGAUGUAUAAAAUAAGGAUAUUUGUAUUGUUUCAAUAAAAUUAUAAUUUUUUAGGAAAA